GGAAGAAAAAAAAACCUCAGCACGGCGCCGCACUCUCGCUCAGUUGCAACCGGUUUGUGCCGGCCGCCGGCUUGCGCGCUGAUCCAAAGCCAUGGGCUGCCUUUCCUCCUUCUCCUCCUCCUCCCGAAGCUCCAAGGGAGGGGGCACUCGGGGCUGCCUGGCCCACUGACCGCCCUCCCUCCCCUUCUCCCUCCCUCCCUCCUUGCCCUGCCGCCCAUAAAGCUCCUCGGGGAGAAGGCGAGAAGCCUCUUGGAGCCUCAGCCCGGCGCCUUGGCUGCCCUCACCGCAGGUUGAGGUGGCAGCUGUUCCAAAACAACAUGUUCUAGAAGACUGGAUGAUUCAAGACUAUAUUUUAGCUCUCCCCUGACUCGUUCCCGGAAGAUGGUGUUUCAGAAGCCACCAGAUGGAGGAUGGGGCUGGGUGAUCGUCCUCAUAUCCUUCUUCACUCAGUUCUUGUGCUAUGGAUCUCCUUUAGCUGUUGGAGUUCUGUAUCUUGAGUGGUUGGAUAAGUUUGGAGAAGGAAAAGGAAAGACUGCAUGGGUGGGAUCUCUUGCCGGUGGAGUUGGACUACUUGCAAGUCCCAUAUGCAGCUCAUGUGUGUCUGCUUUCGGAGCAAGAUCUGUAACCAUCUUCAGUGGCUUUAUGGUUGCUGGGGGCUUGAUGAUCAGCAGCUUUGCACCUAAUAUCUACGUCCUCCUCUGUUCCUAUGGAAUCGUUGUUGGACUUGGCUGUGGCUUACUGUAUACUGCAACAGUAACAAUCACAUGUCAAUAUUUUGACAAACGCAGAGGGCUUGCACUUGGCCUGAUUUCGACAGGCUCCAGUGUUGGACUUUUUAUAUAUGCUGCCCUACAAAAAGAACUUAUUGAAUUGUAUGGACUGGAUGGGUGUUUGCUUCUUGUUGGAGCGCUGUCUCUAAAUAUAUUAGCAUGUGGGAGUCUCAUGAGGCCUUUGCAGUCAAGCAGCUCCACCUUGCCAGACAAGCCAAGCGUUGAGAAAAUUCCAGACCAAUACCUCAUUUAUAAUGAAAAAGAAAAGAAUGUUGACGAAGAAAACAUAAAGAUCCUUGAAAAAGCCACAAAUGAAGGAAAAAGUGUGCCUUGUACAGAUUGUAAACAGGAUGCUCUUACAAUCAAAAACAGUCUAUUAUCAGUAACACCAAAAGAGACAGCCACUUACAAAAAGAAAGUUGUGGAACAGACAUAUCUCUGCAAACAGUUUGCCAAGAAGAAAUGGCACCUAUAUUUAGACUACUGGGAGGAAACGCUAGAACUUUUCAAGAACAAAGUAUUUUCAUCACUUUUUAUUGCCAUCUUCUUCUUUGACAUUGGUGGGUUUCCUCCUUCCCUGUUGAUGGAAGACAUUGCAAGAAGUUCAAAUAUCAGUGAAGAAGAAUGUAUCAUUCCUCUCAUUUCUAUCAUCGGCAUUAUGACUGCCAUUGGCAAACUUGUUCUAGGAAUUUUAGCAGAUUUUGCCUGGAUUAAUACUUUAUAUCUGUAUGUUUUGACUUUAAUAUUGACUGCAGUGGCACUGGUUUUGAUCCCAUUUGCCCAAAGUUAUAUCACACUGGCAAUUCUUUCAGGAGUUUUAGGCUUUCUGACGGGCAAUUGGUCAAUUUUCCCAUACGUCACAACAAAGACAGUGGGCAUUGAGAAGUUAACACACGCAUAUGGGAUACUGAUGUUUUUUGCUGGACUUGGAAACAGCCUUGGACCACCAAUAGUAGGUUGGUUUUAUGACUGGACAAAGUCUUACAACAUAGCAUUUUACUUCAGUGGACUUUGCGUUCUGUCUGGAGGACUGCUUUUGCUGGUGGCAGCCCUGCCAUGUUGGAACAGCACAGACAACAGCAGACAAUCAGAAAAGCCACAUCCAAAUAUUUAUUCCUAUACAGGCGCAUCCGUUGCAUAGUCUGGAGUGUGGAACAGCUGCUGAUACUCUCUCUCUCUUUCUGUUUUAUACUGCACUGCAAGAUAUUUUAGUAAUUUUCCACUUAUUUAUAAUGCAACUUUUUAAUACUCCUUUGAAAUGCUUGUAGCUUUGGGCAGAGCCUCUUUCAUAAACAAUUUUAUCUGCUUCUGGCUAUAGCAGAUGAGGCUCUUUUCGCACAAAAUACCUUUUGCCUUGUCAACCACCAGAAAGCCCUUUUAUACCACUUGAUUGCAACCUGUCCAGUUUAAUAUAUGCUCAGGAACAGUAAUACGAGGGGUAUUUUUUAAGUAAGGUCCGUUUUGUUGUAGACACUAGUAGUUUGCGCGCAUACUGCAACGAGCGCGUGUGUCGUGUACCGGCAUGCCUCGGGAACAACUGUGCUCAGUUUCCGCUCUGU